AUGAGAGUGAAGUACAUGACAGCAAUGACAAAAGGAACUAAUAUCAAACCUAAUGAAAUCGCUCACGAGGACAUAGAGCUUAACAAGUAUUUUGUGGAGUAUCUUAUAAGUGAAGAGUAUGUAAGACCUUACUUCAUGUUUGACAGCAUGAAUGAGGAUGUUAUUUCAUGGUUAAAGAAUAUAAGCAAUGUUUUCGGUAAGUACGUCAUAGAUGACAAAGGUCUUGUUGUAUUUUAUGAGACAGCAAUACGAACACAGGAACUAAUGGAUAUUAUGCACUCAACAGCAAAGAAAGGAUUUAGUACUAUUGGCAUGAAUGAACAUUGCAGGAAUGACAUAUACAACCUAUGCUCACGAAAGCCUUACACAAAAGCAAUACAAAUGAUAGAACAUAAGUGUCUAAGGUCAGCAAAUGAAAUCAUUACUGUCAGUGGUUAUGAAAGAACUGUUAGCAAAGAUGAGUGGAAACAGCUAUUCAUAUUAAGGAAGGACGUUGUUGAACUAGUUAAACCUGUUGCACAAACAUUGUUUCAGAUAAGACCAGCAAUGACUAAGAACCCUUUGACCUUAGUCAAUGAGACCAUAGAGGUUGAAGAUAAUGACAUGAAAGAACUAGGAAUGAAUGAGAGAAGUUGUGAAGGAUGUUUGAGUCAAAACACAUGGUUCUUCAGAGCUGUUAAGAAACUUAGUAAAGAACGACAGAAAUAUUUUAUAGAGAAGUAUUGCAAAGGAUGUGUAAAUGAAUUGCUUGAAAUAGAACUUAGAGACACUUUCACACUAAAGGACUUGAGGAGAAAUAAGUACAUGAGUGAAGAAGGUAUUGACAUAGCUAGUGUUAUAAAUGACUUAAGAAGAUGUGUUGUUGUUAUUGACGGAGCACGAAUAACAUAUCUAGUGAAAGAUUAUGAUGGAAUACGAGACACAACAACACUUGUGUCAGUAG